AUGGCUAUAAUUGAGAUUAAACUGCAGGCUCCUCUCCGGACCCCAUACUAUUUCCACUUUACUUUUUUCACAACAACGAAUUCCAGCUUGCCCUCCGGAGACCUGCCGCAGAGGUCUGCUAUCACCUCGCCUGGCUAUCCUUUGACUCCGUCCUCUGCAUCAAAAAAUCAUUGCUAUCAUCAGCUGCCAUUCUCCAACACAGCAGCUGAUGAUUCGAAAGUUGAUGCUUUUUAUGAGGAUUUGGAGGAAGUCAUCCACAAAGAAAACUCCUUUUAUAAGUUCGCGUGGGUGACUUUAAUGCGAAAAUCGGAAUGCCAGAAGAAGAGGAGCACAGGAUCGGGAUUUGGAUCAGGACUUCGGAAUGAGAAUGGUAACCGUCUUGUUGAGCUCUUAUCCGUCGCACGACUUUUUCAUGGCAACUCCAUUUUCAUGGAGAAAGAACACCGACGGUGGACAUGGGAGUCAGUCAAAGAUCACCGCCUCCUUCGAGCAAAAAUGCGCCACCGUGUUGGAGGAAGGAGAGAAGUCUUAUAUGAUAGCGUCAGAUUAGAGGAGCUCCUGACCAUUUGUGACUGGCCCAUCGAGGAGAACCCAACGAAUAACUACGAUCUGCUCCUCAGUGGACUGUGGGCCUGUGGUGAAAGUACCUUAAUACCUCGAACAAGGAAAUUGCGACAAACUCCGAAGGCCACCAAGGAUCUGCUAAAGAGGAAAAGAGCACUGAGGUUGGAUCCGACUGCAUCACAUCUCCAGCGACUGGCAACCAAAAUCAGUCAACAGCAUUACAAGAAGAUCUUUGAAAGUGGCAAUCAAAACUCUUGGAAGCAGCACAAGGAAGGGGAAGUUUGA